GUUUUUGGUUUUAAUCACUUGUGGAAUAUUCUUGUUUGAAUACAGACUACAUUUGAUCUGAAAGAGACUGUGAACCAUACUGGAAGGAAAUGGAGAGUAAGCCCAUCAAUAAAUUUUUUGACAAAUUAGCACACUUUUUUAAUCACCAUGAAAAACAUGAACUCCAAACACUGACUGAGGACAGUCCAGAUUUGACUUCUUUUUGCUUGUUGACUAAGGAAAGAGAGGUUAAUGGUUUACAAAAAGUUGUUCAAAGGCAGGAUGGUUUUGAUGAUCAAGGGGAGGAUUUUGCUAUAAUUGUUACGAUUUUACAUACAAACCCUGAGGAAGACAGGACAAAGGACCAUGUCAACAGAUCGGAGUAUCAGAAUGUUAAUGAAAUAGAUCUUUCUUCAGAAAAGGAGGAAGUAGACUUAGACCUCAAUGUUAUGCACCAGAGAGAUAAUUACCAUAAAACAUCAGUUGUGCGCCAUACUGUCCAGGAUGUAACAGAUGGUCAAGCUGACACACCGUCUAAAUCACUUAGCAAAGUCUCAGCCAGUGGCAGUGCUAACAGACUGGACAAACAACUUGAGGAUCCAGUAAUCGGUACAGUAGAUAAUAAAGAACCUGUUUUCAGAGAAGGACACAGACUCAAUCAGGACAUAUCUGCAAAUGAGACAGUUGUUAUGGAAUCAGAUAACUCCAGCAAUGAGGAGCUGUUUGCUGAGGAAGAACCAUUGAAAGAGAGAGUCCUCACAGACAAUCAAAGCAGAAAUGAUAUUUUAAUAAAAGAGUCUUUGAAUUCAUCCACAAAUAGCAAUAACGGAAUUUCAGUGCAAAGUCACCGGGAAGUAUCUGCUCCUGAGAGCAAAAUAGAGUCUGGUGGAAAUCUUCCAAACACUGCAGAUGUUCCAGAGGUAACCAAAUCUGGUGUAAAUGAACAAACUCUGACUAACCACAAGGCAUCUGCAAACAUGGACGUUCAGACAACAUUAGCACAUUGUGAAGUUCAUAAUCUCACUGAUAAAAAGGUUCUUUCAUCAAACUCACCUGUGAACACCAGAACUGUGGUCAUCACCCUUACACGUGUUGAAGCUCUUUCUGCUGGACCGUGUGUUGAUACUGAAGAGAUCCAACUGAGAGAUGAGACUGCAGGUAGCCAAGCUAUAUGCAAUGAAAGCAGCGCAAGUUCAGACAGCAUUUUUGUGCACGUCCAUCCACCAACCACAAGCCAGGAGAACCAAAUUAGACAUUUUGAGGCUGGAGGUGUGAUUUUAACAUGUUCUGACCUCUGUGACACUGAAGAACACAGUUCCAGUUCGUCUGAGCUAGAUAAUAAGACUAAUUCAGAAACAGAACCGGUGCCUUCAGUCAUCCAGGUGGAGACAAAAAUGCAUACAGAGGGAGAAAUGAAUAAAGAGAGUGCGGAAGAAAUAAUACAAGAAGACACCAUGUUAGAUACAGAUUCAUCUUCCACUGAGAAGACCACGAAAGACCAAACCAUACUCUCCCCAACUGCAGUAAAAGAGAAACCGCUCCAACUGUCGUCCCUCUUCACUGGGCUGCUCAGCCCCAAGAAAGAAGCACUUGAGGAAAAUGAAACUACAGAGCAGCCCCAAAGCCCUACCAAACGAGGACUUUUUACCGAUCAGUCUAAGAAAGAAGUCAAGGGAGACUUCCUGGAACAGCUUACCCAAUUCCUCAGCAAGGGGGAAGGGAAGAGAAAGCAAGAGAGCAUGUCAAGCCCCCCACUGUCUCCAAUCGGUCAGGACCCUGCUGAAAAGCCAGAGAGUACUGUAGAGGAGCCGGUCAUUCCCCAGUCUGAGGAAACCAACAAAUCUACAAAUGCAGAGACGGCCUUAGGUGCAUUGAAGGCUUUCUUCACAGUUAAAUCUGCCAAAAAAGACACUUCAAAUCGCAUGGACCUGGACAUUGUAAAGAAGAAGAUCAACAGGGACAAAGACGUCCUCAGAGCUUUCUUUGACAGGAACUCAAGCAAGUCUCCAGACAACAAAGAAACUAAAGCUGAUGUGAGUGAGGAGCACACCCCAAAGCGACUUCAGACUGUCUGGCCUCCACCAAAACUGAAAAAUGAGGAGGAGAAGAUUGGUCUCAAAUACACGGAAGCUGAGCAUCAGGCUGCUCUUCUGCAACUAAAAAGAGAAUGUAAUGAAGAGGUGGAGAAGUUACAGGCCGACUUCAAACUUGAGCUCUUCCGGUUAAAAGAGAAGAACGAAGAGGAUCUGUCCAGACUAGCGGUAACCAUUGCAAGCUUACAAAGGGAGAAAGACAAAGAUCUUCACAGAAAUCACAGAGAUGUUGCUGUGUCCACUGACGACAACAUCAAAACACGGGCUUUCCACUCUGUGUGCAUUCAGACCGACAGAGAGACAUUCAUCAGGUCUGAGGAGGCCAAGGAAGCGCAGAGCAGGAGUCUUGACCCCCUGCUUAAAAAUGCUGACCUCAACUCAACAAAAAACUUUACUGAAAGACAAAAGACAGUUCCUCCACCAGCUGCCUCACCUGUAUCACCUCAGUUACAGAUGGACAGAAACAAGAUUCCACCUCCUCCUCCUCCACCUCUACCUGGUCCUUGUACUCCUAAUGUACCUCCACUUCCUGCUCCGCCACUGGAUAAGCCAGGAAGUUUGCCUCCUCCUCCUCCACCUCCACCUGGUCCUUACACUCCUAAUGUACCUCCACUUCCUGCUCCGCCACUGGAUAAGCCAGGAAGUUUGCCUCCUCCUCCUCCACCUCCACCUGGUCCUUACACUCCUAAUGUACCUCCACUUCCUGCUCCGCCACUGGAUAAGCCAGGAAGUUUGCCUCCUCCUCCUCCACCUCCACCUCCACCUGGUCCUUACACUCCUAAUGUACCUCCACUUCCUGUUCCGCCACUGGAUAAGCCAGGAAGUGUGCCUCCUCCUCCUCCACCUCCACCUGGUCCUUACACUCCUAAUGUACCUCCACUUCCUGCUCCGCCACUGAAUAAGCCAGGAAGUUUGCUUCCUCCUCCUCCUCCUCCUCCACCUCCACCUGGUUCUUACACUCCUAAUGUACCUCCACUUCCUGCUCCGCCACUGGAUAAGCCAGGAAGUGUGCCUCCUCCUCCUCCUCCUCCUCCACCUGGUCCUUGUACUCCUAAUGUACCUCCACUUCCUGCUCCACCACUGGAUAAGCCAGGAAGUGUGCUUCCUCCUCCUCCUCCUCCACCUGGUCCUUGUACUCCUAAUGUACCUCCACUUCCUGCUCCACCACUGGAUAAGCCAGGAAGUGUGCUUCCUCCUCCUCCUCCUCCUCCACCUCCACCUGGUCCUUGUGCUCCUAAUGCACCUCCACUUCCUGCUCCGCCCCUGGAUAAGUCAGGAAGUGUGCCUCCUCCUCCACCUCCACCUCCACCUGGUCCUUGUGCUCCUAAUGCACCUCCACUUCCUGCUCCGCCCCUGGAUAACCCAGGAAGUGUGCCUCCUCCUCCUCCACCUCCACCUCCACCAAUGACAGGAUGUGGUCUUCCACCGUUACCACCCGUCCUCCACUCGAUCUCUAAUCCCCCUCAUGGAGUUGGUACCUUCCUCGGUACAGCAGCAGACAAUCCUCCUCGCAAACGUUUAGUGGAGCCAGUCUGUCCAAUGAAAUCGCUCUACUGGACACGAAUACAGAUUCAAGAUAACAGGAGCGAUAUGCUGUGGAGUUCCCUGGAAGAGCCACAGAUAAUAAACACCAAUGAUUUUGCGGAACUGUUUGCUAAAGCCACAUCGCCCACCAAAAGAAAGCCCCUAUCCGAAGCCUAUGAGAAGAAAACCAAAGCCAGGAAGGUAAUUAAAUUACUGGAUGGCAAGCGCUCUCAGGCUGUGGGCAUCUUAAUCUCAAGUCUCCACCUGGAGAUGAAGGACAUCCAGCAAGCUGUUUUGAAUCUGGACAAUUCUGUGGUUGACUUGGAUGCUAUCGAAGCCCUGUAUGAAAAUAGAGCUCAGCCUGAGGAGUUAGAGAAGAUUAAGAAACACUAUGAAACCUCAGACGAGGAGCAGGUCAAACUACUGGACAAGCCUGAACAAUUCCUGUAUGAACUCUCCCAGGUCCCUGAGUUCUCCAGUCGAGUUCACUGUUUAAUUUUUCAGUCGAAGUUCACUGACGCGGUUGCCUCCAUACAGCGCAAGACCGAGAUUAUUCUACACGUCUGCAAGUGUCUUUUGGAGAAAGUUAGUGUGAGGCAGGUGAUGGGACUGGUGCUUGCUCUGGGAAACUACAUGAAUGGUGGGAGCAGAGCUAGAGGACAGGCCGAUGGCUUUGGGCUUGAGAUUCUUCCCAAGCUUAAGGAUGUCAAGAGCAGGGAAAAUCACAUUAGUCUGUUGGACUACAUUGUUUCCUACUAUCUGCGUCACUUUGAUGAGAACGCUGGGACAGAAAAGAGCAUCUUUCCUUUGCCUGAACCUCAAGAUGUUUUCCUUUCUUCUCAAGUGAAGUUCGAUGACCUCUCAAAGGAUCUCAGGAAGAUGAACAGAGACUUGACAGUUUGUGAAAAGGAUGCUCUAACCGUGUGUACCAACUCGUCUCAAGAGCACAUACAUCCCUUCAAGGAGAAAAUGGACUUUUUCAUUGCCAACGCACAAAAAGAGCUAACUGCUGUGGAACACCAAGUGAUAUCAGCACGUAAAAGCUUCUCUUACCUAGUGGAGUAUUUUGGGCUGCAGUCACGUUCCGGGGAGCAAGAGAUUAUGCCAGGCCAUGUUUUCACAUUUUGGUUUGAAUUUUGCAAUGACUUCAAGAUCAGAUGGAAGAGAGAGAACAAGGUCAUAUCCAAACUGAGAAUCAAAGAGGCCCAACAGUCAGUGCGCAACAUGACAGCAGAGAAAAGCAUUGAGACCAGAAGGGCCAGUGCGAAUGGACUGAAAGAGAGACUGCGUCUGAAAGAAGCAAGUCUGACCACCAGCUGACCCUUUCUCCAGACUGCAUGUUACUGAACAGGAUGACAGCCUGUCCGUCAGACUAGUG